AUGCGGUCCAACGGCUGGUUCAACAAAUCGUGCGACACGUCUCACCAACACGAUAUGAAAGUUAGGCACAGGGUAAUGUCGCAGCGCAACAACAGGCGCAGAUUGAAAAGAACUUCUCACACAGUAAGUAGCCUUCCACCACUUACGUGUCAGGAUGGAACGAUUGUAAUCGACUCAAAGGCUAAGGCGGAAGUGCUAUCCAAGAUCCUUGCUGCCAACUCCACCAUAGACGUGAAGUGUGCAGCGAAGCUUGCUCCACUUCUUUCGCGUCUCUUCCAGAUAUGUUACGAAUCCGGCACCUUCCCAGGAAACUGGAAAAUCUACCCUUACAAUUACAGGCCUAUAGCUCUGCUUUCUAAGUGCAUAAAUCACAAGCUUCUGGACCAGCUCGAACGUCAGGGCUUGAUGAGCGAUACGCAGUACGGUUUCCGGCACCAGCGAUCCAUAAGGGACCUCCUAGUUUACGUCACGCUAUUGUGGAGUAAACUCAUCCAGUCUCAUGGUGAGGCUCUUGGCCCACUUCAAGAUUUUGACGAGUCUCGAUUUUGUUUAGGCAUGCACGAUGGUCGUGCCAGGGUUAGAAGGCGACGUGGUGAAAGGAGGAAUCCACAGUUUUUUGUUGAAAGACAUGUUCAUCACACUGUUGGAGUUAUGGUUUGGGGUGUUAUAGCUUAUGGUUCCAGGUCAUCUCUAAUCUUCAUCAGAGGUAACAUGAACGCGCAGCAUCCAACUUUCCAACAAGAUAAUGCCCGAUCACAUGUUGCAAGAGUCACAAUAGACUUCUUUCAACAUAAUGAUGUCACAUUGUUACCAUGGCCACCAAGAUCUCCCGACUUAUCCCCAAUCGAGCUUGUAUUGCUCAAUUUGCAACGUCCUCCUCAGACUCUAGAAGCACUUCGAGAGGAGUUGGUGGUUGCCUGGAAUGAGAUACCACAGGAGGACAUUGACCACCUGAUCAGAAGCAUGCCUAGGUGCGUUGGAGAAUGCGUAGCAUAUCAGGGUGCAUCCACACAUUAUUAA